GCGAAAGUAGUCCAGUCAAGCAUCAGCGAUAUACAAAGGGGAAGAAACCAGGUCCCCUCGGGGAUGACAUCAACCGUCAAUCAGCAUUCCUCCAAAUCCCCAAUCAGGGCCCCCGCUUAGCAUCCAGCGUCCCAUCUGAGCUUCCCCAAAUACAAUUCUUGACACAUCGGCGUGAACCCCGUCCUCGGUGCUUCUCGGGCCCAUAGAGCAAUCACCGUCAGGCGCCACAGCUCCCAGCACGAGAAACAAAUCACUCCGCGAAAUCGACCGAGCUCCUUUAAAGCCUUCUCCAAAUCCCCUCCCCGCACAUCUGACCGAUCUGCUCCGCGGCUUCUUCUCGCCUUAUACUAUUAGUCUCGUCCCUCCUUUUCCCCGCAGCCCUCGAAUUCAUUCAUAAUGGACCGCAUCGUCCGUCCUGUCGCUCGCCAAUUGCUGCGACCCCGUCCGCGAUAUCCUUUCGCCAUUCCAUCCGCCCCCGCCGCGAAGAGACUAUACACCAUGGGACACAGCCGCCCUGAGUUAAAAGAUAAAUCACUCUUCAUUGAGAAAUGUUAUAUCAAUGGCGAGUGGGUUGGUGCCCAGUCGGGCCAGACCUUUGAGGUUCACGACCCGGCCACCGGUGAGCUCAUUGGAACUUGCCCCGAGCUCGAUACCGCCGAUGUUGAGAAGGCCAUCCAGGCUGCUUCCGAGGCGUUCCCUUCAUUCCGCACAACCCUGGGCCGCGAGCGUGCGCGCAUGCUGCGCCGCUGGUAUCAACUCAUGGUGGAUAACGCAGAGGACCUGGCCAAGUUGAUCACCUGGGAGAACGGCAAGCCGUUGGCUGACGCCAAGGGUGAGGUCAACUAUGCCGCCAGCUUCUUUGAGUGGUUCAGUGAGGAGGCGCCUCGUACCUACGGUGAUACUAUCCCAGCCACGGUGCCGGGCAACCGAGUGAUGACCCUGAAGCAGCCCGUUGGUGUCUGCGGUCUGAUUACCCCGUGGAACUUCCCUGCUGCGAUGAUCACCCGCAAAAUUGGCCCGGCCCUGGCGGCUGGCUGCACUGUUGUCGCCAAGUCUCCUGCCGAGACCCCCUUCACUGCUAACGCUCUGGCUGAGCUUGCCCACCGUGCGGGUAUCCCCAAGGGUGUUGUUAACAUUGUCACUGCCUCCAAGAACACUCCCGCGGUCGGUGAGCUCAUUACCACCCACCCGGAGGUGCGCAAGGUCUCCUUCACUGGCUCGACCAACGUUGGCCGUCUGCUCAUGAAGCAGGCUUCUUCUACCAUUAAGAAGGUGUCCUGGGAACUGGGCGGUAACGCUCCUUUCAUCGUCUUCGAUGACGUCGAGGAUCUCGAUGCUGCCGUCACCGGCGCUAUCGCCUCCAAGUUCCGUAGCUCCGGUCAGACUUGCGUCUGCGCAAACCGGAUUUACGUGCAGAAGGGCAUCUACGACGAAUUUGCUAAGCGCUUCGUCGCCAAGGUUAAGGACUUCAAGCUCGGAGCUGGCUUCGGGGAGGGCAUCACCCACGGUCCCGUCAUUCACGAACGGGCCGCCAACAAGGCUCACGAACACGUUCAGGACGCAACCUCUAAGGGCGCCAAGGUUGCCAUUGGUGGCCAGAAGGCGUCCGCUCUGGGCCCCAACUUCUACGAGCCUACCGUUUUGACUGGUAUGAGCAAGGAUAUGCUCCUCGCCUCGGAGGAGACCUUCGGUCCCGUGGCCGGUCUCUUCCCAUUCGAGACUGAGAAGGAGGUUGUUGAGCUUGCCAACAAGGCCGAGGUUGGUCUGGCCGGUUACUUCUUCAGUGGUAACCUGCGUCGCAUCUUCCGUAUUGCUGAAGCCUUGGAGGUUGGCAUGGUUGGUGUCAAUACUGGCCUGAUCAGUGAUGUUGCCUCGCCGUUCGGCGGUGUCAAGCAGAGUGGCUUCGGUCGCGAAGGCAGCAAGUACGGUAUUGAUGAGUUUAUGACCAUUAAGAGCGUCACGUUUGGCGGUAUGGGGGAGCCUCUGCAGGCAUAAGCUUCCCUCGCGUGUCCGAUGUGUAGUUAUGAUGACGGAUUGGACUUGGGAAAGUUUGGAAGAUAUCCAGUGAACACGGACUGAUACACAAACAUUUAACAAAAAUUUCUUUUCUCUUCAAAUAUUACUGCAACCUAAAUAUUCUUCAAUCACCAUGUCAAAUAGUCAAUUUUCGACUUCUU